CUCGAUUUCUCCCUUCCCUCCCCAGAUCUUCAUCCACGUCGGCGCUCGCUGUCCAUAAGGAUAGCCUGAAGCCAUUCCUGUCUCGUUUCCUUUCGAUCUCUCCCUCGCGCCAUGGUUCAGCGUGUUGACACCAUCAUGAACGGAACCAGUCGCGUUAAUGGCACCAAUGGCCACCACAGAGAUUCACCUUCCUCACGAUCCUCGCGCAAAGCCUCCUCACCAAUGGCUCCAGCUUUCAUGACCUCCGCCCCUGGAAAGGUCAUUGUCUUUGGCGAGCAUGCAGUUGUACACGGCAAGGCCGCAAUGGCUGCAGCCGUCUCCUUACGAUCCUACCUCCUGGUCACUACACUCUCCAAAUCUCAACGCACAAUUACUCUAGUCUUUCCAGAUAUCGGACUAGACCACACAUGGAAUAUCGAAGAUCUUCCAUGGCAUAUCCUUUCCAAGUCGUCUCGAAAACCUCGAUAUUAUGACAUGAUCACUACUCUUGAUCCUGAGCUCGUGGAAGCGAUGCAGCCACACAUUGAAGAGGUGUCUCCUAACCUCAACUCGGAAAAAAGAAAACGUCACCAAGCAGCCGCUUCCGCUUUCCUAUACCUGUUUCUGUGUUUGAGCAAUCCUACAGCUCCAGCUUGUAUAUACACCCUCCGCUCGACGUUGCCAAUCGGAGCAGGACUGGGAUCCAGUGCCAGCAUUUGCGUUUGCAUAAGUGCGGCACUUCUGAAGCAGAUACAUGUGCUAUCAGGGCCUCAUCAAGAUCAACCAGAAGAAGAAGUCGAUAUACAACUGGAAAGAAUAAACAAGUGGGCUUUUGUUGGAGAGCUUUGCAUUCAUGGAAAUCCCAGUGGGGUGGAUAACACAGUUGCGACUCGAGGCAGGGCCGUCCUGUUCAGACGAGUUGACUACUCAAAGCCUCCAUCUGCCACGCCGUUGAAGGACUUUCCAGAACUGCCUCUAUUACUAGUCAACACAAAGCAACCCCGUUCAACGUCCACCGAGGUGGCCAAGGUUGCCACCAUGAGAAAAAAGUAUCCCGCCGUUACCGAGGCCACGCUGGACAGUAUCGAUGAAGUCACAAUGUCGGCACAUUCUCUUAUCACAUCUGAUGGAUUUGACCCGAGGUCAGAACAGAAUAUCGAGCACCUUGGUGAUCUCUUCAGAAUAAAUCAUGGGCUCCUAGUCUCGUUGGGCGUCUCUCAUCCCAAGCUCGAGCACAUCCGCGAGUUAGUGGACUAUGCAGAUAUUGGUUGGACCAAACUUACCGGCGCUGGAGGGGGUGGUUGUGCCAUAACUUUGCUCAAACGAGGCGUCAGCGAGCAAGCUAUUCGCGAUUUGAAAGAUAAGUUCGAAAAGGCAGGAUUUGAAGAAUAUACGACAACUCUUGGUGGGAGUGGCGUGGGUAUCCUCUAUCCUGCCGUAUUACAUAACGGGUCAGAAGAAGAGGGAGGCGAUGAAAUCGACCAACUGAAGUUUCUCAAUGCCCAGGGGGAAGAGGGUAUUGAGAAAUUAGUCGGAGUUGGUGGCCUCGAGCGGAGGCCCGAGUGGAAGUUUUGGCAUUGACAGUAAUGUGGUGGUAUUUUCAUGGUUGUUUUAUCAGCGGCGGCGCUCCGGCAUGCAUUGAUUGAUGUAAUGAUGGAAACGGAUCCGUUGUAAUUUCGAAGGCAAGCGACAAAAAGCUUGGUGUGUUGAUAGUCUACAUGUUUUAUAUGCAAUCCAGCGGCAU